GAUCUAGUCAGUCUUCUGUUUAAGGGAAACUAGGCCAUUUUGCUGCCAUAAUUCAACUCCAAUCUAGAGAUACCUUGAAAACAUUGGAAAUCUCCAGAAAUACCAGAGCUGUGACAGUGUGGUUUUUACCUCAGAUUUCCCAUAAGUACUACAAAGAAGAAAAGAUUCUGAAGAAUUAGUCAAGUUUACAAUCAAGUCCGAGUAACAUUUCUGACUUCACCACAAGGAGGCAAAAUGAAGCACAUAAUCAAUCUGUAUGAAAACAUCAACAAUACAGCAAGAAAUAAUUCAGACUGUCCUCAUGUGGUUUUGCCAGAAGAGAUAUUUUUCAUAAUAUCCAUCAUCGGUGUUUUGGAGAAUCUGAUUGUCCUUCUGGCUGUGAUUAAAAAUAAGAAUCUCCAGGCACCCAUGUACUUUUUCAUUUGCAGCUUGGCCAUUUCUGAUAUGUUGGGCAGCCUGUAUAAGAUUUUGGAAAAUAUUCUGAUCAUGUUCAGAAACAUGGGUUAUCUCAAGCCUCGUGGCAAUUUUGAAACCACAGCUGAUGAUAUUAUCGACUCCCUGUUCAUCCUUUCCCUACUUGGCUCCAUUUUCAGUCUGUCUGUGAUCGCUGCUGACCGUUACAUCACAAUCUUCCAUGCUUUGCAGUACCACAGCAUUGUGACCAUGCGCCGCGCCAUUGUGGUCCUGAUGGUCAUCUGGAUAUGCUGCAUGUGCAGUGGCAUCACCAUGGUGAUCUUCUCCCAUCACAUCCCCACAGUGAUCACCUUCACAUCGCUGUUCCCUCUGAUGUUGGUCUUUAUCCUGUGCCUCUAUGUGCACAUGUUCUUGCUGGCACGUUCCCAUGCCAGAAAGAUAUCAGCACUUCCCAGAGCCAACAUGAAAGGGGCCAUCACACUGACGAUCCUGCUCGGGGUCUUCAUCGUCUGUUGGGCCCCCUUUGUCCUUCACGUCCUCUUAAUGACAUUCUGCCCAAGUAACCCUUACUGUGCCUGCUACAUGUCCCUCUUCCAAGUGAAUGGCAUGUUAAUCAUGUGCAAUGCAGUCAUCGACCCCUUUAUAUAUGCCUUCCGGAGCCCAGAGCUCAGGGAAGCAUUCAAAAAGAUGAUCUUCUGCAACAGCUACCACUAGAAUUACUGGUCCUUGAUUUUAGGAGCCAUGGUGAUAAUAUUGUCAAGUGACAGAAUAACAUGACAUACCAACAAAUUCCAAUGUUCCCAACUACUCUUUUCCUUCCCUAGUAUGCAUGAGGAUUAUCCCAUUUACUAGUGUUUGUAAUAGUUUAGUUCUAUGUGAACAGUCAUGCUGUAGUAUAACUUUUAUAACUAGAGAGAUAAAAUAAUGUAUUGAAAGAAAGACAGAAUACAAAGCACAUACAGCAAUAUAAAUUUGAGAGCUUUAGGCUAAAACAAUAACUGGUUCUUCUGUAGAUAUCUAGCAAGCCUAUAGAUCUCUACUGGCCUUUCCAGGCUGGACACCACUAUCACUGAUUUCUAGAAGUUAAUGUACUAGCAUAAGUACUCAAGCCAGAAACUUUGUAAGUCAAAGAUGCCAAUAAAUUACUGCAGCUGAAUUUGCCUGCCCCACACUUCCAUACAGAAUCCCUGCCCUCCCUCCUUCUCACCUGCCUGGCUUAUUGUAUGCCAUCCCAAAUCUUUUUGGAGGCAAGCAGGGUAUAAAUUAUAAAUGUCUAACAACUCUUUGAGAUUUCAAGAAUAAAGAAACCUUCUCAUUUAGUCUU